GAAGAAGAUAUCACCAGUUGUUCGUCCCACAUUUUAUUCGGUAACGGCGUCUCGUCGCUACGGUUCUCUCUCUCUCUGUGUUCCUGAGAAAGUGUGUGUGAGCUCCAGCACUUCUGAUCCAUCAUCUGUGUGUUUGGAUAAACCUCUGAAUGGACUGUGUGCUCUUUUUUCUGGAGCGUUUACCUCGGACUAUAUGAGCUAGCUUAGCAUGCUAGCUGGAAACACGUUAGCAACGCCAGUCAGAUUGAGAGUUUGAUGGAGAGAGAAACGGUGUGUUUCAAGGAGCUUGCAGGAAAAGGUAAUCUAGUAAACAUGAGUAAAGUCCAAAUGCUGCUGUCGUUGAAGAAGCAGCGACUCACUGCUGCUGCUGAAGAGAUAUUUGCUUUGUUUGAAAAAACGAUAGCCGAGUACGAGGAGGAGCUGUCUCUUUCCAAAGAGGAAAACAAGAGACUCCAGAAACUUCUGGACGCUGUUUUACAGCCUCAACUUCGGAUACACAGAGCAGAUUUCCAGCUGCUGGUGGUGGUUAAAGAAGAGUUUCUCCCUGACCAGCAGGAGUGGAGCACCAGUCUGGACCCGGAGGACCCAGUGCCUUCCCCACACAUUAAGCAGGAACAGGAGGAACUCUGGAUCAGUCAGGAGGGAGAGCAGCUUCAGGAGCUGGAGGAGGCUGAGAUCACCAAGUCCACUUUCACUCCUGACCCUGUGAAGAGUGAAGAUGAUAAAGAGAAACCUCAGUCCUCUCAGCCUCAUCAAAGACAAACUGAACACAUGGAAACAGAAGCUGAUGGAGAUGACUGUCGAGGACCAGAACCAGCCAGGAGCUCAGAUCCAGAGAGCAGUUUACAACCAAAGACUGAGGACGACACUGGAGACUCUUCUGAACCUGGCACUGAAGACAGUGCUGAUUGGAAGGAGGCCAGAGAACCUGCAUCAGGCUCAAACUCACUGAAAAAUAGACAGGAAUCUGUCAGUGAUCCACAACCUAGUGCUGAAAAUAAACCAUUCAGCUGCACAGUCUGUAAGAAAGCUUUUUCACAGAGUGGGCAUUUAAAGGACCACAAGAGAGUCCACACAGUAGAGAAACCAAACAGCCGCUCAGUCUGUAGGAAAGCUUUUUCACGGAGUGCACAUUUAAAGGAACACAGGAGAGUCCAUGCAGGAGAGAAACCAUUCAGCUGCUCAGUAUGUAAGAAAGCUUUUUCACAGAGUGCACAUUUAAAGGCACACAUGAGAGUCCACACAGGAGAGAAACCACACAGCUGCUCAGUCUGUAAGAAAGCGUUUUCACAGAGUGCAAAUUUAAAGACACACAUGAGAGUCCACACAGGAGAGAAAGCACACAGCUGCUCAGUCUGUAAGAAAGCUUUUUCACAGAGUGCAAAUUUAAAGACACACAUGAGAGUCCACACAGGAGAGAAAGCACACAGCUGCUCAGUCUGUAAGAAAGCUUUUUCACAGAGUGGAGAUUUAAAGGAACACACGAGAGUCCACACAGGAGGGAAAGCAUACAGCUGCUCUGUCUGUAAGAAAGCUUUUUCACGGAGUGAUAGUUUAAAGAACCACAUGAGAGUCCACACAGGAGAGAAAGCACACAGCUGCUCAGUCUGUAAGAAAGCUUUUUCACGGAGUGAUAGUUUGAAGACACACAUGAGAGUCCACACAGGAGAGAAAGCACACAGCUGCUCUGUCUGUAAGAAAGCUUUUUCACGGAGUGAUAGUUUGAAGACACACAUGAGAGUCCACACAGGAGAGGAAAAAUAGAGCUGCAAUGUUUGUGAGAAAAGAUUUAAAUGGCAUAAUAGUUUCAAAAGACAUAAGUGUGUUGGUCGUCAGCUGCUUCUGUAACUGUCAGGGAAUACAUUUGUCUAUUUUGUAUCCUGAUGACCUCAUGCCGUUACAUGUAAUGCGUAACUCCCUAAGCCUGAUUUCACCCACCUGCAACCGAUUCUCUAAUAAUCACAAAUCUUCAUUUUCUUUGACCCCUUGACUCGACUAUUUCUUGUUUAAUAAUCGUUACAUCUCCUCAGGACCAAGUUCCCGUGUCCUGCCUUUCACCUGCUGAUCACCGACUGCUCAUUUAAGGUGGACUCACCUCUACAAGGGACCAGCUAGUCUUAGUGUCUUAAUGCAAAUGUUUUGUAAAGUGAUGCAAGACCAAAAACGUGCUGUUGGGUAGUGUGCUCUCUGCAGGACGGUGUCUGUACUCAAAUAUUGUUUUUGAAAUGAGAGCUUCAUUCCGUUUUUGUUGUCUAAACCAGUGGUUCUCAACUGGUCAGGCCUCGGGACCCACUUUUUCCUUUGUCAAUAGAUCAUGACCCAACAUUUUGAACCACUCAAAUCUAUUCAACAAAAAAUCGUGCUGUAAUAUACGCUUUUCAGCAUACAAUAUUAAUUAAAGUGAAUUACAGUGCAUAUAUCCGUUCACAGAACAAAAUAAUGCUUUUAAAUAAGGUUUAAUGAGAAGAUGGAAUCAAAGCUGAACUGUAUAACAUAAAAAGGCACAUGCUGUAAACCCAACCCCAGAAGGGGGUCUGGGGGGGAUUCUCCCCCAGGAGAUUUUUAGAAAUACUAACAUAUAAACUACCCAUUCUGGUACGCUCUACAUAGAUGUAUUACUACCCGACAUAUUAAUAAUAUGUUAUGCCAUUGUUUGUUUUUCACUUUGUUCUGAAGCUGAACUUGCUGCUCCUCACAGAGAGAAGAGUAAAGAGGAGAUAGUCUGUGUGAAUUACUUUAAAUUGUGGGUAAGGGUAGAUAGCCCCCAUUGUUCUGUGACCUGUGAAUCAUCAAACCAGGGGUCAUAUUUCAUUAUGUGUUAAUUUGUAUCUGAAGUUGUACCCAUGGAUGUAUAAAGAAUAGUUAUACUGCAAAGUUAUUCUCUGUGGGGACUUCCGACAACAAUCUUGAUUCUGAUUGGCCAGAAGAAUCUAAAAAACAUCAGCAAAGAUGUUUUAUUGAGAAGAUGAUCACUACGUGACAAAACUGUGUAUGGUCUCCCGUACUUCCAGUCCAAUGCAUACCUACUGCAUGCACAGCGUUAGAAAGUCGGGCCUUCAAAAUAAAAGUUUGAAUUUUUUCCCAACAAAAAAAAAGGAAUCUUUUUUUUCCUAUUUUUUUGUCUCUCACACAUCUCGAAACCCGCGACCCACCAGUUGAGAACCACUGGUCUAAACAACCCCAAAAGUGCGAUACGUCUUCUUUCCAGCAGAUGGCAUACAUGUUACAUCAUCCAGUUCAACUGUCAUCCACAUAUUAAUGAUUCAAAACAGCAAUGUGUAAGAUAUGGCUAGUAAUUGACCAUUUCAACAGUAUGUGAAGAGGUUACAGUCUUGAGGCCAUGUCCAAUAUGUUUAUGUUUUGUUUGAUUAAAUCUACUGAAAUGAGCA